UUUGCUCUUAACGCUUUGCUGGCAUUUCCUCACACUCUUUUCCUACGACCGCCUCACGACGGGCUUACUGCCCUCACGACUCAGCACGACGACCACUUGUACCAUGGGAUUCUUCAAACGGUUUUUCUCUCUUGGAAGCAAGAAGUCGAAGCGUAGGCAGCAGGCUCGUCAUGAAGAGCGCGUCGAUGUGAGUGGUGGGGUAAUUCAGGGCCGCGAGUCGUGGCAACAGGUGGACAAAGAGGCAACAUAUCUACUACGCUCGUCUUCUGCUCAUUUCUCUACGGUCUCAGAGAUCGAUCACGCGUCAUCCCCCCCUCGUGAGUAUUUACUUUUGGCUUUGCGUGUCGCUUAUUAUUCUCAUAUAUGGACUUAGCUCUCCCUCCCAAGAGUGCUGCACACACCCUUGUGCCUGGGCCGGCGAAGCCAGAGUGCAGUACUCAGCGUUAUGGGUCGUACACCGUCAAGGUCCUCGAGCGUAAACUUGAGUCGCGAACGGAGUUCCCCAACGCCAAUCCCCCACUUACCACUCAUGAAGAACCUGAUAUCCUUCAAGAUUCUCCUCUCACCAAGCGUGUUAAUCCUUGUCGCAUCCCCAUUACUCCGAAAGACAAGAAUAGGCUGCUGCGCCUGCGCCAGGACCCGUCUGUAGCUAGUCUGCUGAACAUGUACGACGACAAUGGCCGGAUCAAUUCGAAGGCAUUCUCAAACACGCCACCUCCUUCUCCUCCCUCGGUCGAGUUACCAGGACGAGAGCCAGUCAAGCGCUCUGGAUCGACUCUCCGUCAAUUACUAGGCGCAUCCGAGUCUGGUGAGAACGUUGCAGACGGCGACAUUUCCUGGGCUGAGCGAUACCUCGGGUAAGCAUAUCUGAUGAGAUAAA